CUUCGCCGCUGAUAGCCAUGGUCGAAAGUAGUUUCUCGGCGCGACAGGAUGAUGCCGAAUGGGAUGCAGAGGCAAGGUGUACCAUGUCUAAGCUUGCGUGAACCGCGAAGAUGAGGUGCCAUCCGCGUCUCCCACCCUUUUGCCCGUCUCGCCCUUUUAAUCCCACCGCGUCCCCCUCUCUCGACUCCGAUCGACUCUCUUCUUUCCUCGUGCCUCACCUGUCAACCUUCACAGGCCCGCUUGCUUCCCUUACUUGCACUUUUGCGCCCCCGGGACUUGUGAUCCCCCGAUUCAUACUUUGGUCGACAUCGGCUUGGUUCAAACUUUCACCUGCAGGAGCACGAAAACCCAGCCCUCAAACGUGUCAACACAGACCGCACGCGCUCCGCGCCAACGCAACAUAAGAUGGGCACCGAAAAGGAUGUCCACGACGGGGUCUCGACACCCGAGACGACUCAGAUCAACACCGACUCCCGCCAUGGCGCCGGAACCGAACACGUAGUUGGCGGCGGUACCAGUGGACGUGAUGAAAACUUCUACACCCGCAACGGUCUCAACAUGGAGUCCUUCAAGCGCCGCGAGCACGGGAGAAUCACGGAUACCCAGCUUGAUCGCACCAUGAAGAGCCGCCACUUGCACAUGAUUGCCAUCGGUGGCUCCAUUGGUGCCGGUUUCUUCGUCGGUUCUGGAGGCGCCCUCGCCACGGGCGGUCCCGGUUCAAUUCUUGUCGACUUCUCCAUCAUCGGCAUAAUGAUGUUCAAUGUCGUCUAUGCUCUUGGUGAACUCGCUGUCAUGUACCCUGUCUCUGGUGGUUUCUACGUCUACUCGACCCGCUUCAUCGAUCCCUCUUGGGGCUUUGCCAUGGGCUGGAACUACGUUUUCCAGUGGGCCAUCGUUCUACCGCUCGAACUUACAGUUUGUGGUCUUACAAUCAACUACUGGGAGGGCGCCAGAGACAUCAGUCUUGCCGUCUGGAUCACCGUCUUCUGGGUUGCCAUCAUCUUCAUUAACAUCUUUGGAACCUUGGGUUAUGCUGAGGAAGAGUUCUGGUCUUCGCUCCUGAAGCUCUCAGCCAUCGUCAUUUUCAUGAUUGUCGCCCUUGUCCUCGUUUGUGGCGGUGGUCCCGCCGGCGGUCGCUACGAUGAAUACUGGGGAGCCCGUUACUGGCACGACCCCGGCGCGUUCAAGAACGGUUUCAAGGGGUUUUGUGCAGUCUUUGUCACUGCUGCUUUCUCCUUUGCCGGCACUGAGCUCGUCGGCUUGGCUGCUGCCGAAUCCAGCAACCCUCUUAAGUCCCUGCCUGGUGCUAUUAAGCAGGUUUUCUGGCGUAUUACCCUGUUCUACAUCCUCGGCCUCUUCUUUGUCGGCUUGCUCAUCAGCUCCAACGACGAGAGAAUCUUGGGUUCCGACAACCCGUACGCUGAUGGCGUGUCGCCUUUCGUCUUGACCGCAGAGUAUGCUGGUCUGAUCGGUUACAACCACUUCAUGAACUGCAUCAUCCUGGUUUCCGUACUGUCGCUCGGAGUUUCCUGCGUUUACGGAGGUUCUCGUACUCUGACUGCGCUUGCAGAGCAGGGUUACGCCCCCAAGAUUUUCGCCUACGUCGACAAGUCCGGUCGCCCACUUCCAUCCGUUGUUGUCCACCUCCUCUGCGGUGCUCUUGGUUACAUGAACUUGAGCGCCGACGGCUCGACUGUCUUUGACUGGCUGCUUGCCAUGUCAGCAAUCGCUGCGCUGUUCACAUGGGGAUCUAUCUGCUUGGCUCACAUUCGAUUCCGCAAGGCCUGGGCCUAUCACGGCCACACCGUCGACGAGAUUCCAUUCCAGGCUGCUUUUGGUGUCGCCGGUUCCUGGGUUGGGCUGAUUCUUUGCAUCCUCGUCUUGAUUGCUCAGUUGUUCGUCGCCAUCGCCCCUGCGGGACAAGACGAGUUGAAUGAUGCCGCUGGUUUCUUCGAGGCAUACCUCACUGUACCAGUCAUCCUGGUCUUCUGGGUCAUUGGAUACUUCUGGAAGCGCGAAGGCUGGCUUCGCACCCACCAGAUGGACGUUGACACCGGCCGCCGCGAGCUGGACUGGGACGAGAUCAACCGCUACAAGGCCGAGAUCGCCACCUGGCCCACCUGGAAGCGGUUGUACAACCGGUUCUUCUAGAUACGGUCAACUUAGAGUGCAAUCGUCACCUGUAGAACGUGGGGCUAGUGACUUCAAGCCUUUGCGUUGGCAGUCUUAGCCGCCCGGCCUGGAGAGAAAGCUGUUGGAAUUUCUUGUGGCAGUGAUU